CGUCCGGGUGCCCACUUCCAACAUGGCGGAAGCGGCCUCAGUCACGCGGGGCGGGGCUGGCAAGAACGGCCUGGGCGGGCGGGCGGAAUGCUGCGGGCGGUGCUGGGCCGUGUGCCGGUGCUUCUGAGCGUCGAGAGGCCCCGGGGGUCUGUCCUGAGGUGCCUGUGGGGCAGCGGCACCCGCCGGGAGGCCGCAGGGAAGCGGCGGACCUGGGCCUGGGGGUGGCGGUGCUCGAGUUCCGGGUCGGGGCCCGCAGCGGCGCUGGGGCACGUGGAAACUACGCAUUACCAGCUGGUCUACACCUGCAGGGUCUGUGGGACAAGGACCUCCAAGCGCAUCUCAAAGCUGGCCUAUCACCAGGGCGUGGUCAUUGUGACCUGCCCUGGCUGCCAGAACCACCACAUCAUCGCAGACAACCUGGGCUGGUUUUCCGACCUGGACGGGAAGAGGAAUAUUGAAGAGAUCCUGGCAUCCAGAGGGGAGAAGGUGCGCAGAGUGGCCGGCCAGGGUGCCCUGGAACUGAUUUUGGAGGCUGUAGGGGCCCCCAAAUCCCCUGCUGCCCCUGAAGAAGGUGAGGGUGAGGAUCCCACCCACUCAGGCCAGACGAAGCAGAGUUGACUCAUGUUCCCUUGCACUGUGGGACUCUGCUCUCCAGAAAGACACUUCCUUCAGCCUGGACCUCCUGGACUGGGCCUGUUUCCUGUCAGUAAACGGAUGUCCCCCAGGUGCUG